AUGCACUCCGCUCCCAAGCUCAAAGACCCCUCCCUCCUCAUCUCCCAGGCCUACAUCAACGGCAAAUUCGUCGAUGCUGCCUCCUCCGAGACCUUUGAUGUCAUUGAUCCUGGCACAGGCAAGAGGAUAGCCUCAGUUGCUGAGCUUAACACCGAGGAUACCAACAAGGCCAUUGCCGCAGCGGCGGAUGCGUUCACCUCUUUUCGCAAGACUCUCCCUCGGGAGAGAGCGACAAUGCUGAGAAAGUGGUAUGACUUGAUGAUGGAGAAUGCUGACGACUUGGCUACACUGAUAACAUGGGAGAAUGGCAAGCCAUUCAACGACGCCAAAGGCGAAGUGGUCUAUGCCGCCAACUUCUUCCAGUGGUUCAGUGAGGAAGCGCCUCGAAUUUAUGGAGAUACCAUUGGAGCCACCGUUCCGGGCAACAGGAUCAUGACCUGGAAACAGCCCAUCGGUGUCUGCGGUCUAAUCACACCUUGGAAUUUCCCGGCCGCCAUGAUCACGCGAAAGAUUGGCCCUGCUCUUGCUGCUGGAUGUACGGUAGUGGCAAAGAGCCCCGGAGAGACUCCCUUGACAGCCAACGCUCUCGCCGAAUUGUCCCGUCGAGCAGGUGUCCCUCCCGGCGUUGUCAACAUUGUCACCGCGAUGAAAAACACGGCCGAAGUCGGCUCAGUUCUCACCACAGACCCGCGUAUCAAAAAGGUCUCUUUCACGGGAUCCACGAACGUGGGUAAGCUCCUCAUGAAACAGUCCUCGUCCACCCUGAAGAAGUUGUCGUUUGAACUCGGCGGCAAUGCCCCCUUUAUCGUCUUUGACGAUGUGCCCGACCUGGACGCCGCCGUUGCCGGCGCCAUCGCGUGUAAGUUCCGGUCCUCGGGUCAGACGUGCGUGUGCGCGAACCGGAUCUACGUGCAAGAAGGCAUCUACGACGCGUUUGCCCAGAAAUUCGCCGAAAAAGUCAAGAACUUCAAGGUCGGUUAUGGCUUCGACGAUGGCGUGACCCACGGCCCCGUCAUCCACGAUCGCGCAGUCGCCAAAGUGGAAUCGCACGUGCAAGACGCCACGAAAAAGGGCGGGAAGGUUCUCGUCGGAGGGAACAAAUUGCCCGACCUAGGGUCCAACUUUUACGCUCCGACAGUUAUCACCGGCGUAACCAACGACAUGGCCAUAGCCCACGAAGAGACCUUUGGCCCCGUAGCUGGGUUGUUUCCAUUCAAGUCAGAAAAGGAGGUCGUGGCGCUGGCCAACGAUACCGAGGUGGGAUUGGCGGGAUACUUCUACUCCCGCGACGUUGGACGCAUUUACCGCGUUGCGGAGGCUUUGGAGGUGGGCAUGAUCGGCGUCAACACAGGGUUGAUCUCCGACGGUGCCUCUCCUUUCGGUGGUGUGAAACAGAGCGGGUUUGGAAGGGAAGGCAGCAAGUACGGUGUUGACGAGUAUGUUGUCAUCAAGAGCGUGACAGUCGGAGGAAUUAGCAACGACUUACAAGGAUGA